AUGAGCCCUCCCCCCCUUAUUGCCAACGAGACCACUCACACCGUCCACUCUGCUCACCAGAGACGUACCAGGAGCGGCCCCGUGGCAUCCCGCCGCAAUACGAAAGGUUGUCGCUAUGAUGCCAACGACAUCGUCGUUGUUAUCAUACGUAUUAUAAUUCUUGAUGAACUUCUCUUGAUCAAUCUCGAUCCCAGCGACCUUUCUUUAACUAACCAUGACUGGAUGACUGCGCGGGCUCCUAAAGCAAUGCACAAGGAUGUGGAUGCAACCAAAGGCCCAAUUCAAACGACAGCGUCGUCAUUGUGUUGCAACCGCUGCGUGAGAGUAUGCGCCCGCGCCUCGGCUAAGGACUGUUCACAUACAAAAAACCUUACAACAAAGACGCCAGGGAUAGUACCCCACAAAACACAAAGCUACUUAUGCAAAAGCGUCUACGUCGUAAUUCUGUUCCUCACUCACGCUACCCAUGGCAUACCGGGGACGCAGUUCGCGUCGCACGUCAGUUUCAACACGCCUGGCCGUAGCUUCGUUCACGGGGUGGGCGACCCAGUACCAGUGUUGGAACGAAGAGCCCACCAACGCCACCCGCAGAGCCCGCCAGUAAAGAGGUUGCGAAGACCGACGCACGCGACUGUUGGAUACCCGCGACAGAAACCAUCGAUACCCUUCCAGGCCGAGGAGGUCCAGCAUCAGACGAUCGGGACGCCAUGGCAAUACGAUAGCUUCAUGAGUGUCCCGAUCGCGGUGCUGCCGCCGUCGCCCUACAGGGUGGACUCGCCCGACCCGGAGUCGCUGUGGCCGCUGGGCCUGUUCCUGCCGCCGCUCGCCGCGAGGGGCCCGGGGGCCCUCCGGCGGUCGGACUCCGGCGAGGCCGGGGCGGGCGCCGAGACGGGCGCCGACCCGUACCUGGUACGGGGCGGCGCGGCGGCGCGCGCGGUGGCGCGGGCGCGGCGCCGCGGGGCGCUCUACUUCCACGACGUCCCGCACAUCGCGUCGCUGCUCGCGCACCAGGAGCUGAGGAUUCAGAACAACCUCGAGCCGCACCGGAUCGCCAGCAUACGGCAGAGCUGGCCGUACAGCCGGCCCUAGCGUACGAAUUAAACAAAAACAUCUCGUUUGUGGUAUACUUGUAUAUCGAUACAUGUGAGAUUCUCGUUCUUAUGUCCGAUCCCUGUCCGACUGCAUUUACAAAAAUAAAUAAAAAUAC